AUGUCAUCUACAUCAGGAGAUUUUGGUCGUAAAAUUUCCAUAUUUGUUUCAAUAUCCCUAACAAUUAUUGGAAUGGGUCUUUCAAUUGGAGCUAUAAUGACUCCAUCUUGGCAGGUUGUUAAUUUAAGAGAAUAUAAUAGUAUUCAUGAACAUGGUCUUUGGUUAGAUUGUACCAGACAUUCCAGAGAUGGAAGUCCAAUUUUAAGAAGAUAUGCCACUGUUACCGAACCAUUACAUUGUGUUUAUAAGUUUGACUAUGACAAGUAUUCUGGAACAUUUGACUUAGAAGAUGAUAACAGUCCUGUAGGAGAAGUAAAUCGUCACAAAUUUUACGGUUGGCAUACAGCGACCUUGAUUCUGUUGGGAUUGGCAUUGUUAACCUCUUUCCUAUCUAUAUGUAUUGGAUUUUGUUCAUGUUGUUAUAAAAGUUUAGCCUUAAUUUUUACAAUAAUUACAAUUUUAACUCUUCUUACAUCAUUUAUUGCUGAAGCAUUAUUCUUCUUCUAUUCACAUAGAGCAGAUAAUCGUUUUAUUAAGGGUAUUGUUGGAACAUAUGAACAACGUGUUGGUUUAGCUUUCUUCUUAGAAUUAGCAGCAUGUUUCUGUCAUUUCUUUGCUUUAAUAGCAGCUAUGGUAUUUUCAUACUUUUCAUUAUCAGGAAAAUCAACAGGAUCUGAUGUCUUUUCUGUCAAUAGAAGUUCCCGUACUAAUGUAACAAAUAUUGGUAGAUCAAUGGAAUUUGAACCGCAAUUAAUGUAUAAUUAUCAACAAAAUCAAAGUACACCUCUUCGUCCAGUUAUGUAUCAAACAAAGAAUGAUGAAUUUGAUAGAACUGUAGCUGAUAGUAUGCCAGAAUUGGCUGGAUCUCGACAAUUUACAGGAGAACUUUUACACUCAAGAAUUAGAAGAAAAUCUGAGACAUGUGUAUAA